AAGGCGGAGCCGCUCGCAGCCCUGGUUGUAGCGCAUGGAACGAGCUCUCGCGUUUCCCUCUCGGCCAGCGGCAGCUGCCACAUCUUCGCCUUUUCCUUGAGCUCACGCCAGCCGCGGGGGACUCCGCGGCACUUCCCAUCGCUCAGGCCAUCUCCGACGCGCGCUUUUCUCGCAUCCAGACCGUUUCUACACCACCGCUGCCGCCGCUUUAUUCGGAACUUCUCCGGCUUCGGGCAGGGUUUCAUCAAGAAGAUGGCAUGCAAGAGACUUGCUGGUGUUGGACAGCAAUUGUUACGUCGGAAAGUGGUAGACUGCACAAGAGAAGACACCCGGCUCUCGCGUUGCCUUAAUACAUUUGACUUGAUCGCUCUUGGCGUAGGCAGCACACUUGGGGCAGGAGUUUAUGUUCUCGCUGGGGCAGUGGCCCGAGAAAACGCAGGACCGGCCAUUGUGGUCUCCUUCCUGAUAGCCGCUCUGGCUUCUGUGCUGGCCGGGCUUUGCUAUGCAGAAUUUGGUGCUAGAGUUCCAAAGACUGGAUCUGCUUAUCUUUAUAGUUAUGUGACUGUCGGUGAACUGUGGGCUUUCAUCACCGGCUGGAAUCUAAUUCUUUCCUAUGUCAUCGGAACAUCGAGUGUGGCCAGAGCAUGGAGCGCAACGUUUGACGAACUUAUAGGCAAGCACAUUGAGCACUUCUUUCGACAUUACAUGACCAUGAAAGCUCCUGGCGUGCUGGGAGAAUACCCAGAUGUCUUUUCUGUUGUUAUUAUCCUAAUCUUAACAGGACUCCUAACUUUUGGUGUGAAAGAAUCUGCAAUGGUUAACAAAGUGUUCACCUGCAUCAACGUUCUCGUCUUGGGCUUUGUGAUGGUGUCGGGUUUUGUGAAGGGAUCAGUAAAAAACUGGCAGGUCCCAGAAAACUUCACAGAUGCCAAUAACACAGACAUUAAACCUGGUGCUGGUGGGUUUAUGCCCUUCGGUUUCUCUGGAGUUCUCUCAGGGGCAGCAACCUGCUUUUAUGCAUUUGUAGGAUUUGACUGCAUUGCCACCACAGGCGAGGAAGUAAAAAACCCACAGAAAGCAAUUCCAAUCGGGAUUGUGGCAUCGCUUUUGAUAUGCUUUGUUGCCUAUUUCGGCGUGUCGGCUGCGCUCACCCUAAUGAUGCCUUAUUACAUGCUAGACAAAAACAGCCCACUGCCGGUUGCUUUUACGCAUGUGGGAUGGGAAGGCGCAAACUACGCGGUGGCUGUGGGUUCGCUUUGCGCCCUUUCUACAAGUCUGCUUGGAUCCAUGUUUCCAAUGCCUCGAGUUAUUUAUGCCAUGGCAGAAGAUGGGCUACUAUUCAAGUGUUUGGCUCGUGUUAAUGAGAGGACAAAGACUCCCGUGAUAGCUACAAUAGUAUCAGGAGCUGUUGCGGCUGUCAUGGCCUUUCUCCUGGACCUAAAGGACCUUGUAGAUCUUAUGUCCAUUGGGACACUCCUGGCUUACUCUUUGGUGGCUGCCUGCGUGUUGGUGCUAAGAUACCAGCCCAAGCAGCCUAACCUGGCAUAUCAGAUGGCUAGUACAACUGAUGAGCUGGAUAACAAUGAAUCUGUGAGCACCAGUGACUCCCAGACUGGGUUUCUACCUGCGGAAGAGGACAAGUGCUCCCUAAAAGACAUUAUCUUCCCCUCAAAUACUGAUCCGUCCAAACGUUCUGGGCUUGUAGUGAAUGUCAGUUCCUGCAUCAUAGGUUUUCUUAUCGUCGCCUUUUGUAGUUUGACUGUCCUUGGCAAAGAAGGUCUGAUGAAUGGGUCCACGUGGGUUAUUACCCUGCUGGUUGUAGUCGGCUUGCUGUGCUUCCUUUGCACGGUGGUUAUUUGGAGACAACCUGAGAGCAACACCAAGCUCUCGUUUAAGGUCCCCUUUCUUCCGGUCCUUCCAGUCCUGAGCAUCUUUGUGAACGUUUAUCUCAUGAUGCAGCUGGAUGGUGGCACCUGGAUACGGUUUGCCAUCUGGAUGUUUAUAGGUUUGUUCAUUUAUUUUGCCUACGGCAUGUGGCACAGCGUAGAGGCAUCUUAUUCGGCACCGACAGAUGCAGAAAGAAGUAUGGACAACAAUGUGGACAGUUGUAAAUGAUGGACAGCCUUGUUAGGCUAAAGGACAGCUGAGCUUCUACUGCAGAGAAGGACAUUUUUUCUCUCUGGGACCCCUGAAGUGUUUAUUCCGUGGAACAUCAGGUGGAUGCCCCUUGCAGCUUGCUUUUACCUUGGUGGUGCAGCUAUAGGGGACCACAAGGAACAAGCCAAGCUUCUGGUGCCCACUCAACAAUACUGUUCCCUGAUGCUGGAAGCCCUCUUCUCCCUGCUCCCUCUUAUCAUAAGUAUCUGGAAAGAAAACGGCUUCUCUGCAUGCCAGUUCACUUCCAAUGCUGCUAUGAGACCAAGCCUUUCAGAAGGCCUGCAAAUUAGCUCCCUGGGUACUGUACUUGGAUUUUAAUGGAGAAAACGUUGCAUUGUCUAUCUGCAAGUUCGCCCAUAUUGCACCACCAAAAUUGUAGGCCUUGCCUACAAUACAAAACAAAAAGCCAUUCUGGGUGGUAUUAAAAAUUACCAGGAUUUGUUUUAAGAAAAGAACUGGGCGGCAUUAUUUAAUCAUUGUGUUUGGUGUAUUUUGUGCAGGUAAUGCCGGUGCUUUGAAAUGCAAAUAUUGCAGUGGUCUUCUAUAGAGUGAAGUGGCUUGCAGGCUAAAUUCUUGCUCCUGUUUAGGCAAAUAGCAGAUCCUGUUGCUUAUGAGAGAAGCUUCUGGCUUAAUUUAUAACACUGUGUAAGAAAGAAAAAAAAAGGUUCCUAAUUCAUCUCCUAUCAGGUCAAAUCUGCAAAGUUGAGAGCAGUUGGGUUUGACUGCAUGCUUUGGGGUGUUGAUUACAUCCCAGAUAGGGUAAUACUGGUCAAAGUAAGUUGUAGUCAAAUACUGGUCAAAGAAAGCAGUUGUAGUCAAACAUCCAGUGAAUUCCUUGUAAGGAUGUCAACCCAGAUCUGCUGGGUCUAACUCCCAACGCUGUCUAUUAUAAUUACGUUUUUAAGUAAUUUAUAUAAAGUUCGUGAUUUGCAGGAUAGGAGGGUUGUACCAAGCUCAGCUUUUGUAAUCCAGUCCUAGGCGGCAAUCCUAUACACACUUACCUGGGAGUACAUCCAUUUAUUUCAACAGGACUCACUUCUGAGGAGACAGGCAUAGGAUUGCACUAUUAAUUUGUGUCCAUCUGGAAGAUUUGGGUGAAGUGCAUGGUCUGUGAAGUAAAUAUGUUGCGACUUCUUGCCUAUCUUGCGAGGAGUGACUCUCCUUGGGUAAGUGUAGCAGAUGUGCAAACACUAGAAGCAAUACUGGAGAACAUCUACAGCCAGGCGUGAGUGUGUGACAAUGCACGGGUUUAGCAGUUUUCCACUGCCAGUCCAGUGCUGUUCUCAUCUGGGAAAUGCUUGAGAGUCAGGCUUAGCCAUGCUGAACUCCAGUUCGAAUUUUGUGCUGUUUGUAGACACUCUGGGUUCAUGCACGUGUUCGAACGGAAGCGAUGUGUCCUAAUAAAUUACAGAGGUUGACAAAGUAGCUGCUUGCAAUUCUGAAGCCAUCUGUUAGCCUUCCUGCUCAGUGUGGGUGGGAAUCAUAGAUUUUAUGUGUAUCUAUGCAUAGACAGAGGCCCGCCUCUUUGUAAAAAUGUGCAUUAACAAAGGAAAAAUAUCGAAUUCAUGCAAAUACUUGCUGUAAAAACAAAACUUCUGAUAAAUAUUGUAGCUUUUUAUUCCUAUUUUUCCCCUCUUGCAUUGUCAGUCUCUUUGGAGACUUGGAUUUUUUAAUUAUUAUUAUUAUUAUUAAUAUUUUUUAUUAUUAUUAUUAUUUUUAUUUGGUAUUUAUGUCUAGCCGCUUUACAUAUUGCAUCUGAGGCAAACUGCGUGGGAAAUAGUGACACUUGGAAGAAAGGGAAAUCUUUUAUUUUGUAGAAGGGUGAUCCUUUCUCUAUGUGAGGGAAUAUAGCGGGGAAGAACGUUUCUUUGUGGCAACCCCAAGCAAUGUUGAGGAAGGGCUGAUCGCUCAGUGGUGGGCCAUGUGCUUUUGGGUGCAGAAAACCAGCCCAGUUUCAAUCUUCAGCAUCUCCAGCCAGGUAGGGCGGGGAAAGACCACCGCUUCAAAUCCAGGAGAGCUCUAUUGAGCAAGACGGACCAAUGGUCUCACUUGCUAUGUGGCAGCUCCCCACUUUCUUACCUUUAUCAGGUGCUUUCCAUGCUAGAUUAGAGCCCCUCUCUCAGCCACCUUGCGAUAACAGCAGCAUGAGUAAUCAGUGAAAAGGCACUGAGAACAGUGAGUUGGUCAAUACACCAAAGCCUAACUUCUUUUGAGCCACAAUAAAGCCCAUCGUCAGAGGAACACAGUGGCCGAGUCAAAGUGUCAUAUGGUCAAAGUGUCGUGGUCGAUUUCUCUGAUAGGAAAGGGUUGUUCUAGCUGUGUUUAUGGAUCAGUCGGUUCUUCCCUGUGCCGUUUUAUGAAUCCUUCUACCGCACCUCAUUUCAGAGUGCCCGUUGGACACACAGGGUCCCAUUUUACAGACUCCACGGCUGAGUUGGAUUUAGAGGAAUAGAAGAGGCUGGCUCUGGUGCUAUAAAAUAUAAAAGGAGGUUUCCUUUAUUUUCCUUAUCCAAAAUGAAAAAAAUCCAAAAACUUUCAACUAAAUUUGUACAAAUGCUCAACGUUUCGGAUCUGGAGAUCCUUCGUCAGGAGCUGUACAACAGAAUGAAUUCCUCUUUGGAGGAGCAGUUAUCAAUUUAAAACCUUCUAGGUAUUGUUUAAGGACUGUAGUCGUAUUUGUUUUGCCUCCGUUGGCAAAUAGUUGACCGUCACAGAACUUCUAGCACCAGAGCCAGCCUCUUCUUUUCCUCAUAGCCUUUUUGCUGUGCUUUUUCCCUCUUCUUCCACAUCUGAGUUGGAGUUAGAGCCAACAUCUCCCCUAUCUGUUGGGCCAUACCUAUGCUGAGGUAUGUUGUUUCACACAUUGUUUCACACGUGAACAAAUUACUACACUGAAUCACGUCCAUAGAAGCUUGCAUGAUUCCUUCAUGUAGAAUUCCCUGUCACCCACACUCCUAUAACUGCUUGGAUUUGUUAUUAGAAUGUGUCCUAAUACAGAGCUGUCACUGAGAAUAGCUCAAACGACUGCUUGUACAACAUGUACUGUCUUAACAGGAAAAGGUUUGAGACUGUGGGUUACUGAGCUGCUGUUCUGUCGGCUGGAUUUUUUAAUUUUCCAAUUCAAAUAAAGGAAGCAAUCAAUACCUCUAAAGGCCUACACUACCUUUGGAAGUGUCUCUUUCCUUACGAAGGUCCAUUCCGAUUAAGCAAGUUAAGCCUCAUCCCUCAUGGGCAGGUGGCGAAAUUGAAAAUGGCCUGAGGCAGAUAAUUGGUCCCCAACUCUGUGGCUCCAUUCCUAAAAGAGAAUGGCUCAGGUCCACACCCAGAGAACGAUUCUAUUCAAGCAACGAUUUAAGAGUAAACUCUUCUGAAUCAGUUCUGUUAUAGCUGUGACAUUCAUUAUGGUUUCUUAUUUUAGAACUGAUUCUAUGUCUUUUUUUUCUACUAGGCGGGAAAAACAGUGUCAAAAUCGUACAAAUAGAGCAUAAUGUUUGGCAUACAAUUUGCUCUCUAAGAAGCUGCUAUUUGUCUUCAAAUGUGGGAUUCAUGCAAGUUUUGCCAUGGAAAUAACUCUUAGUGUAGGAGUUUUGUCAUGUGUGAAGUAGCCCUGAAAAUAGCUGUUCACUUGCGUCUUAGUGUGGAUGGUCAGACUCUAAUAGAAACAGUCUUCUAGGGUUAGCACCUGUUUCAGUGCAAGUGCAGGGCUAUCUUCUGAACCUGCCUUCUGCAACCUAGCGCCCUCCCAAUCAUCCCCAGCCAACUCACCCAAUGCCCAUGCUAGCUGUGGAUGAUGGGAGUUGUAGUCCAACACAUAUGGUGGGUGCCAGGUUGUUGAAGGUUGUUUUAAGCAACGCUGCUACUUAAGUCAGAUAUGCAGGACUUGCCUAGACACUGGUGCUCACAGAAGAUGAACCUAUUUCCCUCUGCCCCUACAAGUGUCCUGAAAAGCUGAGAGGAGAUGUAGUUUCUAGGAAGGACUCUCAGGGAGAAGAAUUUUACCCAGUCCUGUUGUUGGAUUUUAUUUUAUUUUUUACUGGUACCAACAGUUGCUGUCCAAAGGGUGUCAUGUCUAGCUCUGCUCUCCCUGGGUUGGAAGAAGGUGUUUCAGGUGAUCAAUCAGAAUCAGACUCUGAAGUAGAGGAGUCGGUGCCAGAAACAGGCCAGCCUGUACAAAGCUGUCACGGGCUCUUCACCAGCUGGGAGUGAACCCUCUCCAGAGCUUAUCUCCUCAAGGGCAAACAAUACACAGUCAGUGGGAGGCCAACAUUCUUCUGAAGGAGAGAGCACAGACGGGUUAGCGGAUCCUAGAGCACGCCGCAGACUAAAACGGGCGGAACUAAAGGAAGGCGAGAGAAGGUUGGCGCUGCUGGGGUCCCGUCAGAAGCUGCCUCAGAACUAGUCUCUGAAGUUAGCGCAUCUUGGGAAAGGGCUUUCCAUUCUUCUUGAAAGGACAAUGGUCUCGCUUAGUUUGCAUAGUUUUGCCUGGGGGAAAGUUCCUAGAGAUUAGACUCCCUUCAGGUGGGAAGAGAUAUUAUUGCUUGAAUAAAGCUUUGUGGAUUACUUAGCAGGCCUCGUUAGACAGAGGGAUUGCUACCUCUCUGUGCUGUAGUUACUUGUAGUGUUGCAGCUGGCAAUCCCCUUGCAUUGGUGGAAAUCAGGAGGUAGAGUGCAAACCCUAUUCCCCCCUCCCUCGUAGUGAAACCCUGCAGGAAAGAUCAGGCAGCCUCUCUGCCCCCACCUGUGAAACCUAAAUGUACAAAUAUACAAGGCUUCGAGUUUAUUGGUGAAAACCUGCAAGUUGCUGCUGUAAGUUUGCUAUUGUGAGGAAUAGGCUGACAUUUCUUGGAAUAUGUAUUUGUAAAUAAGUGGGUAACUAUUAUUAAGAUGUUUUAAUAAGAUUGUUUUGGAUAGCUGCUGGGACACUUUGCUGUAUAUAAAGCUGUCUUCUGAAGUGUUGCCUUCUUUGUAAUGCUCAAGACAAAA